AAGGAAGCUGACGUUGGUUACCCUCCGUGGCGAUGAGAUCGAGGGCAGAUUGGCUAAGAACUGAUAAUAACAAGUAACCAUUUAUAUAUUACUUUAGGUGAUUAAAGUUGAACGACGGCAGUUCUUCUACAUUACAGUCAGGUGUCAAGAAGGAAGACAUUGAGUCCAAAGAUAUGGAUCAUCAGUCAGGAUCCAGUGAUCCAGCUGAGAAGAGUAGCGUGUCUUCUUCACAAGGAACGUCUUGUACAAAUGAGGACAAAACGGUGAAUGUACAUGAGACAGACGCUCCUCAUCUGACUGACAGUGGAGAUCACGAUGAUAACAACGGAGGAACAUCAACAGAUCAGCCAGUAGAUAAAGAUGAAGAUGAAGUCACAGCGGGGAUAAAUGCACCAGAAGAAACUGCUCCUUCAACUGUGGAUAACACAACAGAAGAUCAAGGAGUUCCACCUAAUGUCAAGCCUAAUGAUAAAUCCAAAGACAUCAAGGGCACAAGCACUAAAACUGGAAAGGGCAGUGAUCCAGCUGAGAAGAGUAGCGUGUCUUCUUCACAAGGAACGUCUUGUACAAAUGAGGACAAAACGGUGAAUGUACAUGAGACAGACGCUCCUCAUCUGACUGACAGUGGAGAUCACGAUGAUAACAACGGAGGAACAUCAACAGAUCAGCCAGUAGAUAAAGAUGAAGAUGACAUCACUGGGGGGAUAAAUGCACCAGAAGAAACUGCUCCUUCAACUGUGGAUAACACAACAGAAGAUCAAGGAGAUCCAUCUAACGUCAAGCCUAAUGAUAAAUCCAAAGACAUCAAGGGCACAAGCACUAAAACUGGAAAGGAUGAUGGAAGACGCCAGAAAAAGGCUGCGGCUGCUGUUGCAAGAGAGCAAAAGUUAACUCGAGGGACACAACAAAAUGUUGAAACCAUCGGCCCUACCAAUAAAGAGAACACCACACAUCCAGCUCCAGGGGCUGCUGGCAGUUAUGGAGGAAAAGGAAUACUGGUAACUAGUGUUAUAACAGUACUUGCUGCUGUGCUGGUUUGGUAUUUACUCCACCAACCUGAGCCUCAACCUCCAAAAAAACUGCAGCAAAUAGACAUCUUUCUCAGGCAGAUGGAGAAAGUAAAGUCUCAGUUUCCUAACCAGCGGUCUGAGCUGUGGAAGAGGAGCAGGAUCCACCUGGAGAGACACCUCAACACAACCCAGCCCACAGAGCCAGUCAGUCUGAUCCUGACUGCAGGUCUCAGAGCCAAGAGGACACUGCGGUGUCUGGCUCAGGGCCUGGCCUCCACCUUCUCUUCUGCCCUCAACGCCUCCAUCCUCCACAUCGAUGGAGCCAGCAAAGCCAGCCAGGACAGCGACGAGGUCAAGCUGGACAUCGACAGCCAGUUGCAGGGAGCUUUCGAAGGAGACAAACCCGUGGCUGUGAUCCACCGCUUUGAGGAGCUGCCCCCAGGCUCCACCCUCAUUUUUUAUCGCUACUGUGAUCAUGAGAAUGCGGCCUACAAGAAGACUUUUCUGAUCUUCACAGUGCUGCUGGAGGAAGAAGAGGAGAUACCUACCAAGAUUAAUUUGAGCGCUGUGGAGGAGAUGGUGGACGACCAUCUUCAGAAGAAGUUCCUCUCUCAUGGCCAUCCUGUGGCUUUUGACAGGAUGGACCUUGACAAGUAUGGUGGACUGUGGAGCCGUAUUUCCCAUCUCAUCCUACCUGUUGCAGCAGAGAAAAGGAUAGAAGAUAAAGGGUGCUGAUGGACAUGAAACACUCUUGCACGAACUCUUGUAUGAACGUCAAAGCACUAAACUACCGCCUAUAUGUCAGAUCUCUCACUGGGUGAUUCUGGCCACUCUGAGGGUUGUUGCAGUGAUUUUACACUAUGUGGUUAUCAUGAAGCUCACUAUAGAUGAAGGCAUCCAGUAGAAAUAAGCACCCAAGACCAAUAUCACACUGUGAGAUAUUUGGUUUUUGGCAUUUAUCAUGUAAAAAUGUUUUACAAAAAGGCUUUGGCACUUUAUUAUUUUACUUAUAUGAUCAAAUGGUAUUACUUCCAAAUUUCAUGUGAUUGAACUGGGGGUCUGUGUACAAUUUGAUGGUAACUGCUGAAAUUUGUAUGGUAUAAAUAUAAUGUUUUAAUGUUAAGGGUAUUUAAUGUUAAAACUGAUUGUUCUUCUCAGAUCUCAAAGAGUUAGAAGGCAAAACUCUUAAUUACUAUAAAACAAAGGAUUUAUUAUUUUUUGGUGACAAAGGCCUUUUCUUAAAUUCUCAACUCUACAGCGCCUUAACCACACUUCAAUUGUUCUAUAUUCUAUAUACAUAUAUGUAUGUCACACCGCAGGGAGAAAUUUUAUGGAAGAAAACAAGUGGAUAAAUGAAAUGUGCCUUAAAUUGUAAAUAAAC